AGAGGCCGGCCACCCAGCCGCGUCCGUGGCGCCGCGAGAAUGGAGGCCCCCGGCCCGCGCCCCGUGCCGGCCCUAGGCGGCCCCGGCCCGCUGGGGGAGUUCCUGCCGCCGCCCGAGUGCCCGGUCUUCGAGCCCAGCUGGGAGGAGUUCGCCGACCCCUUCGCCUUCAUCCACAAGAUACGGCCCAUAGCCGAGCAGACCGGGAUCUGCAAGGUGCGGCCGCCGCCGGAUUGGCAGCCACCGUUUGCAUGUGAUGUUGACAAACUUCAUUUUACCCCGCGUAUCCAGAGGCUGAAUGAACUGGAGGCUCAAACGCGUGUAAAGUUAAAUUUCCUGGACCAGAUUGCAAAGUACUGGGAGCUACAGGGAAGUACUCUGAAAAUUCCACACGUGGAGAGGAAGAUCUUGGACUUGUUUCAGCUUAAUAAGUUAGUUGCAGAGGAAGGUGGAUUUGCAGUUGUUUGCAAGGAUAGAAAAUGGACCAAAAUUGCCACCAAGAUGGGGUUUGCUCCUGGCAAAGCUGUGGGCUCUCAUAUCAGAGGACACUACGAGCGAAUUCUGAACCCCUACAACUUAUUUCUAUCUGGAGACAGUUUGAGGUGUCUGCAGAAGCCAAACCUGACCACAGACACAAAGGACAAGGAGUACAAACCCCAUGAUAUUCCCCAGAGGCAGUCUGUGCAGCCCUCGGAAACCUGUCCCCCGGCCCGACGAGCGAAACGCAUGAGAGCGGAGGCCAUGAAUAUUAAAAUAGAACCCGAAGAGACAACAGAAGCCAGAACUCAUAACCUGAGACGUCGAAUGGGAUGUCCAGCUCCAAAGUGUGAGAAUGACAAAGACGUGAAAAGCAGCGUCAAGCAAGAACCUGUUGAAAAGAAAGAGUAUGUUACAGAAAGUGAGAAGGAAAAACCCAAGAGUCGAGCUAAAAAAGCUACCAAUGCUGUCGACCUGUACGUCUGCCUCUUGUGUGGCAGCGGCAGCGACGAGGACCGGCUUCUCCUGUGCGAUGGGUGUGACGACAGCUACCACACCUUCUGCCUGAUCCCGCCACUCCAUGAUGUUCCCAAGGGAGACUGGAGGUGUCCUAAGUGUUUGGCUCAGGAAUGCAGUAAGCCACAGGAAGCAUUCGGCUUUGAGCAGGCGGCCAGGGACUAUACUCUCCGUACUUUUGGCGAAAUGGCAGAUGCAUUCAAAUCUGAUUACUUCAACAUGCCAGUCCAUAUGGUUCCCACAGAACUGGUAGAGAAGGAAUUUUGGCGACUAGUGAGCACUAUUGAAGAGGAUGUCACCGUGGAAUAUGGAGCAGAUAUCGCCUCGAAGGAGUUCGGCAGUGGCUUCCCUGUCCGAGACGGGAAAGUCAAGCUCUCGCCCGAGGAGGAGGAGUAUCUUGAUAGUGGCUGGAAUCUGAACAACAUGCCGGUGAUGGAGCAGUCUGUUCUUGCUCACAUCACUGCUGACAUAUGUGGCAUGAAGCUUCCUUGGCUGUAUGUGGGAAUGUGCUUUUCUUCCUUCUGUUGGCACAUUGAAGACCACUGGAGCUACUCAAUUAACUACCUGCACUGGGGUGAGCCAAAGACCUGGUACGGAGUUCCAGGGUAUGCUGCUGAGCAGCUGGAGACUGUGAUGAAGAAGCUGGCCCCAGAGCUCUUCAUCUCCCAGCCCGACCUUCUCCACCAGCUUGUCACCAUCAUGAACCCCAACACCCUGAUGACUCACGAAGUGCCUGUUUACCGAACUAAUCAGUGUGCUGGGGAGUUUGUGAUCACGUUUCCAAGAGCCUACCACAGCGGUUUCAAUCAAGGUUUCAAUUUUGCUGAGGCCGUUAACUUCUGCACUGUUGAUUGGCUGCCUUUAGGCCGACAGUGUGUGGAGCAUUACCGCCUGCUCCACCGCUACUGUGUGUUUUCCCACGACGAGAUGAUUUGCAAGAUGGCUUCCAAGGCGGAUGUCCUAGACGUUGUAGUGGCCUCAACUGUUCAGAAAGACAUGGCCAUCAUGAUUGAGGACGAGAAGGCGCUCAGGGAAACUGUUCGCAAAUUGGGAGUAAUUGAUUCAGAAAGAAUGGAUUUUGAACUGUUGCCAGAUGAUGAGCGUCAGUGUGUAAAAUGCAAAACCACAUGCUUCAUGUCUGCCAUCUCCUGCUGUUGUAAACCUGGCCUGCUUGUUUGCCUGCAUCACGUAAAGGAAUUAUGUUCCUGUCCUCCUUACAAAUAUAAACUGAGGUAUAGAUACACUCUGGAUGAUCUCUACCCCAUGAUGAAUGCACUGAAGCUUCGAGCAGAAUCUUACAACGAAUGGGCCUUGAAUGUGAAUGAAGCUUUGGAGGCUAAGAUUAAUAAGAAGAAAAGCCUUGUCAGCUUUAAGGCUUUGAUUGAAGAAUCUGAGAUGAAGAAAUUUCCAGACAAUGAUCUUCUACGUCACCUCCGCUUAGUCACGCAGGACGCGGAGAAGUGCGCCUCUGUCGCCCAGCAGCUGCUUAAUGGCAAGAGGCAGACGAGGUACCGAUCUGGCGGAGGGAAAUCCCACAACCAGCUGACGGUGACUGAGCUCCGGCAGUUUGUGGCCCAGCUGCACGCGCUCCCCUGCGUCCUCAGUCAGACGCCGCUGCUGAAGGAUCUCUUGAAUCGUGUAGAAGAUUUCCAACAGCAUAGCCAGAAACUGCUCUCUGAGGAGAUGCCCAGCGCUGCUGAGCUGCAGGACUUGCUGGAUGUCAGCUUUGAAUUUGAUGUUGAGCUCCCCCAGCUUGCUGAGAUGCGUGUCCGGCUGGAGCAGGCCCAUUGGCUGGAAGAGGUGCAGCAGGCUUGCCUGGACCCUAGCUCCCUCACCUUAGAUGAUAUGAGACGUCUCAUAGACCUGGGGGUGGGCCUGGCCCCAUAUCCAGCCGUGGAGAAGGCUAUGGCGCGGCUUCAGGAACUGCUCACAGUAUCAGAGCACUGGGAUGACAAAGCCAAGAGUCUCCUCAAGGCCAGGCCUCGGCAUUCACUGAGCAGCCUCGCUGCUGUGGUGAAGGAGAUCGAGGAGAUCCCCGCACACCUGCCCAACGGCGCGGCGCUGAAAGACUCUGUGCAGAGAGCCAGAGACUGGCUUCAGGAGGUGGAGGCCCUGCAGGCUGGAGGACGCGUGCCCGUGUUGGAUGCGCUGGUGGAGCUCGUCACUCGGGGCCGGUGUAUCCCCGUGCAUCUACACUCGCUGCCGAGACUAGAGUCCCUCGUAGCUGAGGUUCACGUUUGGAAAGAAUGUGCUGCUAAUACAUUCCUGACUAAGAACUCGUCCUAUUCUCUCCUAGAGGUGCUGUGUCCUCGAUGUGAUAUUGGCCUUUUGGGAUUAAAGAGGAAGCAGAGAAAGUUAAAGGAGCCCUUGCCAAGUGGCAAGAAGAAGAGUCCCCGUGUAGAGAGUCUGAGCGACCUGGAGAGAACGCUGAUGGAGAGCAGAGAGACUGCUUCAGCUAUGGCUGCCCUCGGGGAAGCGCGCGCACGGGAAAUGGAAGCCUUGCAGUCUCUCCGACAGGCCAACGAGGGGAAGUUGCUGUCGCCUGUGCAGGAUGUGGAGAUGAAAGUCUGCGUGUGUCAGCAGGCCCCCGCGGCCCCCAUGAUCCAGUGUGAACUCUGCAGGGAUGCUUUCCACACCAGCUGUGUGGCGGCCCCCAGCAUUCCACAGGGCCCCCGAGUCUGGCUGUGUCCCAGCUGUCGGAGGUCAGAGAAGCCUCCGCUCGAGAAGAUUCUGCCCCUGCUGGCCUCCCUCCAGCGCAUCCGCGUCCGCCUGCCUGAGGGAGACGCGCUGCGGUAUAUGAUCGAGCGGACCGUGAGCUGGCAGCACAGGGCCCGGCAGCUGCUCUCGUCAGGGCACCUCAAGGCCUUGCAGGGCCGUGCGGGCUCAGGACUGUUGUGUGGCCGGUGGCAGGCCACAGCAGGACAGGUGCCAGAGGCCAGCAAGAUAUCUCAGCCUCCUGGCCCCACGUCCUUCUCCCUGCCUGACGACUGGGACAACAGAACCUCCUAUUUACAUUCUCCUUUCUCCACUGGUCGGAGCUGUAUCCCCCUCCAUGGUAUCAGCCCAGAAGUGAAUGAGUUGCUGAUGGAGGCCCAGCUGCUCCAGGUGUCCCUUCCUGAAAUUCAGGAGCUCUACCAGACGCUACUCGCCAAGCCGAGCCCUGUGCAGCAGGCUGACCACAGCCCUCCAGUGAGGCCCGGCAGUGAGAAGAGCGACGGCUGCCGAGGGAAGCGAGAUGGAGCCAGCGGCCUCGAGAGCAAGCUGAAAAGACGCCUGGAAAAAGAAGGCCUCUCCAGUGAGCGGUGGGAUCGAAUCACCAAAAUGCGGGCCCCCAAAAAGAAGAGAAUCAAGCUGAGCCACCCCAAGGACACGGACAGUCUCAAGUUAGAGAGAGAGUGUAGCUAUGAGUCGGCCCCCUCUGCCGACAUGCAGUCCCUGCCCUCAGACUCGUCCUCCUCGGAGCAGGAGGACUCUGAGGACGAGGACGCCAUCUGCCCGGCCGUGAGCUGCCUGCAGCCAGAAGGAGACGAGGUGGACUGGGUCCAGUGUGAUGGCAGCUGCAGUCGGUGGUUCCAUCAGGUCUGUGUUGGUGUCUCUCCCGAGACGGCCGAGGAGGAGGACUACGUGUGUGCGCGCUGUGCGGAGACGGACGCGCCGGGCCGGAGAUAAAACCCGCAGAGCCCCCUCAGUCAGGACUUGGCCCGGGGACUCCCAGUUUCUCAGCAAAGCUGCAGGACUGGCGUUCAAACCAGCCUGUAAACGGUGCUAUUUCUAUUCCUUACGGGAUCAUUUUUCCAGAACUCUUUGAAAAAAAGAAAAAAAAAAAGACAAAAAUUUUUUGACACUUUUUGUAUUUUUUUCCUUAAGAGCUGUUUGUGGUUGUUGAGGUUUGAAACGCUGACUGUUUUUGCAGGGGUUCCCACCAGUUUGGAAGGAUUGGCGCUUGCACCUUUUCAUGUACAGCAUUAAAAUCUUACCUCUUCCUGGGGUUUACCGGCUGAGUCCAACUCGGUUUCAGUGCCCAGAAGGGCCCAGUAAAUCCUCAUUUGAGGAAUUUCUCUCUCGUUUACUCUGUUACCAUAUUGGGGAGCUUAAGUUUUUCACUUUUGAGGUUUUUGUUUUCUUUAUCCACUUUUGUUUUUCCUGGUAGACUAGGUUUAUUUAUCUAAGCAAUAACUUCCAUGUUGGUUUCAGUGGCUGGAAUUAAAACCAAACAAACUUGCAAACAGUGUGUUGGUGCUUUAGCAUCUGGCGGAUGUCAGAACACAGACGUCUGGCUUCUGGUGUCACUGGUGAACUGGUGACAGAGAAGAGGCUGCCCCCUAAGCACCUGUCACAGCUGUUGUGGCUCCCCACCCCCCACCCCCCGCCUGUUCAUCUGGAAGCUUGUAUCAAGUGUUGCGGUUUAUAUUGUGGAAUAAAUCCUUGGUCCUGACGUCGCCCUACCUGCUGGUUAUUCAGAGCCAUCAGCCUACAGCUGCUUCUGCCCCUACCUGUGGGCUGUGAAGAACCUGAGGGGGGCUUGCUUUGGCCUCUGCCCAGCCAGGCUACAGCAGCAGCCGGCGGUGGCCUGCGAGUGUUAGGGAAGUCUCCUGUAUCCUGCUCUGUCUGGUGGGCCACAUGCCUCCAGUCUCCACUGGCAAAGACCCCUCUUUCCUCCCGUCUUCACGCACCAGAACCUGUCUUGAAAGCCAUGCUGUUUUUAAAUAAGCUUUCUCAGAAUGUUGGCAAAUCAUUCCAGUCCUCAGAUGAGCCCUCCUUGGGAGAAUGAUGUCUUCAUUAUAUUUGAAUUGACAGGAAGUUGGUUUCGGGUUAGGACCUCAGAAGGCAGAGUCAGGAGAGUGCAUCCUCAUGGAGGCCCAGGAGAAGGUGGGUUCGGGGAGCACUCGUGAGCAGCCAGGCUCCCCUCCCACUUGCCUUCCUGUCUCUGACUCGCUGCUGUUCCCAAUCGUAGGUGGCUCCCAACGUUUGCACACCUUUUCUUCUCAGAGGACCCUGUUCUGCAGUGGAGAAGACAUUCUGGUGAACAGACUAUGGCUUGCUUUUCCUGUCCGGUUACUAAUACCUGCUUUCCCUACAUUCUAUAGCCAUAAACCCAAAGAUGGGUAGAAACAGCGGUCUUUAAUCAAACAACAAAAACAGCAACAGCAGUCUGUGAUGUAGCCGAGAUUUACAUGUGUACUACUCCCUUUUAUGCAAUUCAGAUAAUUAAAUCUCUUUAAGAAUGA